GAAGAUAUAUGCCGCUCAUUAGGAUCUGCUGAUUCAUUAAUUGGAAUUCAUAAUCAUCACACAUAACAAAGAAUUCCGGAAAAUUCAAAGUUGUCAUCGUCUUUGAUUAAUUUUAUGUCAAUCAAAUCUAAAAUGGCCACUACCAACAAUUCAUAUCAGAUAUCGGCUCUUAUCCAGAAGAUGUCUUCAUCGGAUAAGGAUUUCCGUUUUAUGGCCACCAAUGAUCUUCUUAAUGAAUUGCAAAAUGAUUCAAUAAAAUUAGAUGAUGAUGCGGAAAGAAAAAUUGUUAAAAUUUUAUUGGUUCGGUUGAAAGAUAAUAAUGCCGAAGUGCAGAAUUUAGCUGUCAAAUGCCUAGGACCAUUGAUCAAUAAAAUCAAAGAGCAAUUAGCGGAAAGUGUUGUAGAUACAUUAUGUGAAAAUAUUUUAUCUUCGGACGAAGUUCUUAAAGAAACUUCGAGUAUAGGACUGAAAACUGUCAUUUCGGAAAUAUCAAUUGAUUCGAAAAGUUUAGUAUCAACCAUUUGUAUUCGUAUAACAAGUAAAUUGAUUAUCGCGUUGAACAGUUUGAACAACAAUUAUUCCGUACAAAUUGAUGUUCUCGAUAUUUUCUGCGAUUUAAUUAUGCGAUUCGGUCAUGUUCUCAGUAUGUCAUAUCCAGCAUUGAAAGACUCAUUGCUUCCACUUCUCAAUAAUGGUCGUAAUUCAAUCAGUAAGCGAACGAUAAAUUGUUUGGCUGGCAUGUCAAUCAGCUGUAAUGAUCAAAUUUACAAUGAAAUCAUUAAAUAUCUUCUAACCGAAUUGGAACAAUGCGAUAAUGUACGAGCAAAAAUCUAUAUAAAUUGUUUGACAGCCAUUUGUAAACAUUCUGGUACCCGGAUAAGUCCAUAUAUUGAUGCGAUUGUGGCAUUGAAUGAAAAAUUCCUACAAAGACAAGAAGAUGAACUGAUUGAAGCUUGUUUACUAAUUUUUGAAAUUUUUGUACGUCGUUGUCCUCAAGAAAUUAAUCCACAUCUGCAAAAAAUAAUAAAUGUUUGUGUAAAAUAUAUUGCUUAUGAUCCGAACUAUAAUUACGAUGAUAAUGAUGAUGAAGAUAUGGAAAUGGAUAAUGAUGUCGAUGAAUAUAAUGGUGAAGAUGAUUAUGAAGAAUAUAGUGACGAAGAUGAUAUGAGUUGGAAGGUUAGACGAGCAUCUGCCAAAACAUUGGAAACAAUCAUCCUAAAUCGAUUAGAUUUAUUGGAAGAAUUCUAUCAACUGAUUUCACCGACAAUAAUCAUACAAUUUCGUGAGCGCGAAGAAAAUGUAAAAGUUGAUAUUUUCAAUACUUACAUCGCCCUAUUGCGGCAAACCCGUGCUCUAGUUACGAAUUCAGAGAAUAAUGAAAAAUUCAAACAAAUCCUAAGGGAUCAGGUACCGAAAAUUGUCCGUUCCUUAGAUCGACAGCUAAAAGAGAAAAGCAUCAAAACCCGUCAAUGUUGUUUUGCAUUGCUCAGUGAAUUGGUUCAAAUUUUACCAAAUGCAUUGGCUGACCCAAUCAAUGAAGCGGAUGAAAAGAAAAAUUAUCUAAACAAUAUAAUACCUGGUAUUCUUUAUUCAUUAAAUAGCAAUAAUUCAUCAUCCAGUAUGAAAAUUGAAGCGUUAUCAUUUUUAAACAUCUUGUUCAAAAAUCAUGAUGCACAAGUAUUUCAAAAUUAUUUCAACGCAUUAAUCACUGAAAUCCGGAAAGCUGUUAGCGAUGAUUUCUAUAAGAUAUCUGGUGAAGCGUUGAUUGUUCUCACUGAAUUGGUUCAGAUAAUUCGUCCCUCUCUAUCAAUCGAUUCGAAUGGUAUAGAUUCAAAUUCCGGAGCUUUUGGUUAUCUUGAUACAUUAUAUUCGAUGACAUACGAUAAGCUUAAAGUCUCUGAUGUUGACCUUGAAGUUAAAGAAAGCGCCAUUAAUUGUAUGGCACAGAUUAUCUGUACAUUUGGCGAUCAUAUGAAUGACGAAUAUCUCUUCCGAACUUUUGCCCUAUUUCUCGAACGGCUUAAAAAUGAAACUACCAGGUUGACUUGCGUCAGAGCAUUAAUAAAAAUCACCAGUACAAGUUUCACCAAGCCACUAAAAUUGAACCCAAUUUUUCCGGAGGCUUUUUCAAUAUUGGCGCAGUUUCUAAAACAAAAUAAACGUUCGAUUAAGAUACAUACGUUGAUUUUAUUGGAAAAAGUUUUCAAAAAUUACAAUGAAUAUUGCUCGAAAGAUAUCAAUGAAGAAAUAGUCAAACAGAUGGUACCAUUGAUUUCAGAAUCUGAUCUAUAUAUUUCUCAAUUGGCAUUGGCCGCAUUGACAGCAAUGAUCAUGUCUCAUAAGGCAUUCCAUGAUAUUAUACCGCAGAGAAUUCUACCUGAAGCAUUGGUUCUUAUUCGAUCACCAUUGAUGCAAGGUUCCACUUUAAUGGCAAUGUUGGAUUUUUUCCGUGCUAUUGUUAAAAGUUCUUUUCCUGGUUUGGAUUAUAAUGAAUUGAUUGCUCGUUUAACUCAGCCUAUUAUGCAGCCAAACCAGCAACUACAUAAACAAGCAUAUUAUUCCAUUUCUAAAUGUAUAGCUGCAAUUUCAUUGCUUAAUGAUAAAUAUGCUGCAUCAAUCGUUUCAAACCUUAUUGAACAGAUUCGUAAUCCAUCGUUAGUUACCGGAAAUAGUGGUGCUGGCGCUCAAAACGAGUCUGUGCAGUUAUAUUCUCUUUUGACAAUUGCUGAGAUUGGAAAAUCAUUGGAUCUAGAACAGCUACAACAACCGUUGCAAGAAGCAUUGAUUCAAUCAUUUAAUUCCUCUCAUGAAGAGGUAAAAUCUGCUGCUUCAAUCUGUCUGGGUAGUGUUUCAAUGGGUAACCUUGAGCGUAAUUUAUCAUUUAUCCUUGCUGAAAUCUCGAACAAUUCAAAACGUCAAUAUCUCUUCCUAAAUGCUUUGAAAGAAAUUGUUAGCUGCUUAUCCGUCGAUCACCAAAAAAUAUGUCAUUUGGAACCACAUUUUGAAUCCAUUGUUCAAUUAUUGAUCAAAUACGCCCAAUGUGAUGAAGAAGGUGCACGUUAUGUUGUCGCCGAAUGUCUAGGUAAAUUAACUCUUUUGAAACCGGCGAAUCUGUUGCCUGUUUUAUUAGAAAAUCUUCGCAAUGGCUCAACGAAUAUACGUGAAACAAUCAUUACAUCGAUUCGAUUUGCUAUCGCUGAUUGUAGUCCACAAGCAGAAUAUUUCACCAUGCUAAAAAAGCUGAUAGGCGCCUACAUCGAAACACUAAAUGAUAAUGACAUCAAUGUACGCCGAGUAGCAUUUAUAACGUUGAAUUCGAUUCUACAUAACAAAGCAUCAUUAAUACGUGAUUUUCUUGGACAAGUAUUCCCUAUGUUAUAUCGGGAAACUCAUCCCAAGCCGGAAUACGUACGAGAAGUUGAAAUGGGUCCAUUCAAACAUACGGUCGAUGAUGGAUUGGAUCUUCGUAAAGCCGUAUUCGAAUGCAUGUAUACAUUACUGGAUUCCUGUUUGGAUAAGGUGGAAAUUUUCGAAUAUCUUAACAAUGUCGAACUCGGCUUAAAAGAUACGUAUGACAUUAAAAUGUUAACGUAUCUAAUUUUGAUACGAUUAUCCGAUCUAUGUCCAUCGGCUAUCCUUCAACGAUUGGAAAAUAUUGUCGGUUUAUUGAAAGAAACUUGUUUUGCCAAAUUAAAAUCGAAUGCAGUUAAACAAGAAUUCGAAAAACAGGAUGAACUUCGAAGAUCAGCUAUACGAGCAUUUGUCGCCAUUUAUCGUAUUCGUGAUGCUGAUAAAGACGCUUCUGCAAAUGAAUUAAUGAAUGCCAUCAAAACGAUGCCCGAAUUACAAAAUUUAUAUGAAUCAGUGAUGGAAAGUAACAAAAUCAUCAAUGAAUUAUUACCAUCUAUGGAAGUUGAUUUUAAUUGAUUCGAUCUUUUUGCUUGGUUAUUUACGCCUACUCAACAAGAAUUUGGAAAAAGAACAAACAAUGGAUUGAAAAUUCAUUCAAAUU